GAGGUUGAUGUGAUUCAUUGUUUUAGGGAAGGCCCUAAAAAAACUUAAAUGACGUAAUUAGGUUUUCCGUUUCUUUGUUUGGCUCGCCUCUUGGCCACGCCCUCCUCCACCAGAUCCACAAUAAAAGAGCCAGGAUGUGUGUGUGUGUCUUUGUGUGUGUGUGUUACUCGAGCCUGUGUGGACAACAGGUGCACCACCGCUCCGGUGAUAAUGCCUACAGAGCGCCUGUAUUCGCUCUGCGCUGGGCUUUUCAGGAUACACUCGCUGCUUUUUAUGUCUUGAUUUUCUUCAUUAUUUCUGACCGUAAAGAUGCCUUUUCCUCCGAUCAGCCUCCAACAGCGGAUCUCCUCUCCUGGCAGGGAACUAUUUGGGAAAAAGAAGGGCAACGCAGACCACUCUCAGGCUGCACAAGCCGGCAAAUCUGGAUCCGAAAAGGGAAAACAGCCCAGUUCCUGGGCAUCAGCAAACCUGCGGAAUCUGGGGCGAAGAUCGCAGCCGGAGAAGAAUAAAAGCCAAGCUCAGAAGCCCAGUUCAGGGCAAGAGACUCAGGGAAAGUCCUCCUGGCUGUCGGUGCCCAAACCGCAGGAGCCAUCCUUGGGAAUAAGGCGCUCCAGCUCAAUGGACUCCGCCAGACAUCUCAGUGGGAAAGAGGAAACAAAGAAGGAGAUCCAGUUCUCGCUCAGCCUCACUCCUGAAGCCAUUCUAGUUAUUAAAAAGCGGAACCUGGAGAAGCAGAUGAUGGCCAAGCAGCAGAAGUGCUGCGCCUCCGCGGACUUUCGGCACCGGCGAGUUUUUCCGUCCAAAAAGGCGCACGGAGCGUCCAAGUGCUGCGCUCCGGGCGGCAAGACGGACAGCGCGGAACAGCAGGACAUUACCGCCAUUGUUAAAAUAUCUCUGCUGAACGAUCAAUACAAGUACGAUGAUGUGGAGUACGAGGAUGAGGACGGGGAUGUGGAUGAGACCGUUGUGAGGAAAUGCAAAGAGUGGCUGAAAGGAGUGGAAAAUGCAGCUGCUUUGGUGAAAGCAGACAAACUUUCAGCACUUCCGCACCUCAAAGGCUGCUGACACCUGACUUCAAAUCUUUAUCAUUAUUAUUAAGUUGGAAGAAAGGCAUGACGGACUAAUUCGUUUUAUUUACAAGACUUCAGACAAGUGAAGGAGAUCUACUCUAAGAGGAUGUCAGGAUUUAAAAAGAUGUCACUAAGUUUAAAAUGCCACAAAGGGCAGAUUACUUUUAGAUAAGAAACAUUCAAUAAUACAGUUCAGGUUUAGAAGAGUCACGUUCUUUCACGUUUUUUUUUUCUUUUUAAAUCGUCUUGGUUCAAGUUCAGAUGCCAUUUUGCUCUCACUUUCUUCUCAGUUUCUCUUUGCACACGGAUUUAUUUCCAGUGGGCGUCUGUGGAUUGGCUGAGGUCAGCGGAGGCAGCCAAAGCGCUCUUCUCCUUUUGUUGGAGAACAAUAAACUGCUGGAGAACAUCAGCGACUCAAGCACAGACUGACUGAAACCCAGCGCGGAUUCUUUGGUUUUUAUCUUCUGCUAAUUGGGUUCACUUGAUCAAUCAGUGAUGUGGUGAAUUCAGGAAAAAUGGGACAGGAAAAAAUGUAUGAUCUGAGCAUCAAAACGAAACUCCUUUUAGUCGGUCAAAUAUAUUUUCUAAAUUAGUACCUUUUUGUCCCAUUUUACCAAAUGACAUGGUAAAUUGAGACGUUCUAAACGAAAUAUAGCCUAUCACUGUUGUCAGCACAUAAGAUCUGAUAUACAGAUUUAAAUUUACACAUUUUUGAACGCAGUAAAAGUUUAUUAUGUGGGUUGUCGUGGUAGGUAGAGAAAAGAAAGAGCAAGGAAGACUGGAUCAUAUUUUCAAAUGAAUUUAUUUAUUUAACAGAAUUUACAUUUAUCUAAAGUUAUGAGAAAAGAGUCAAGCUGUUGGUAAUUAUAUCAGCGCUUCACAGAGCUUGUAAAACUUUGACCAUUUUAGUGACAGAUCAACGCAAAUAUGGUUUACUAUUUUUAUUUAACAAACUGGUGAGCAUUCAUAAUAAGUAUCACAGUUACAGUUAAAUUGUGCCAAUUUGCUAAACGUGUCAAAUAUAAUUUUGUCUCAGUUAUGAUAAAAGCAGAGAGCCAUGCUUUCAUAAAAUAACAUACUUAACUUUUCUCACAAACUGAAGAACUCAAAGCUAUAAAACACAUUAUAGGUUAAUUGUUAAAUUUGAUUACAAAGAAAAAAAGUGCCCCAAUUUACCUGAAUUCACCCUUAUCACAAAAUAUUGAUACGGUCAAAUAUUUUAUCAGCUGAAAUUUUGUAUUAAUUUUGAAGUAAAAAAAAAAAAGUUCUUAUACAAACUGGCCAUAUUAAAUUGCUUAGAUUUAUUAGUUUCUUCUUGUGUAUUGUUCUCUUGCUGAUUUGUGGUCUUUAGGUCUGUUCUUGUCGCUGUUUCCCAGACAGCAUUUUCAUAAAGGCUCUUUGUUUCUGCCGUGCAGCUACCUAGAGCCAUUUGGGCAUUAGCGUUUUAAGCUUCUUAGAUUUCCUGUUAAGCAGGGUUGACCAAUGAGUGCUGCAUGCGUUCCCAGGUGCACCAUUCCUGCAGGAAAUUACCUCCAAAAUAUGUCGAUACAUCAAACUAAACAUGCCACUAAUGUUUGUACAAGAAUGACACUUUAUUAUUUCCUGUAUCUCUUUUUUUAGAGUUAGGUAUUUUGCAGCCUUGAUGUUCUCCAUUGUUUUCUGCAAUAACUUUGUUUUUACCCUGGAAGUGUUUACUCAGGGAAAAACAGCUGAUCAGGAAAUGAAAUACAGUCAAUGUCACAGUGGAAGAGAAAUAAAGUUAUAGAAGGACCUUUGCGCUUCUGUAUUGAUUGAUUUCACCUUAUCCUGUGUGUUUGUGCAUAUUAGAUCACCAAACAAUAAUUACAUUCAACUGGAAGUUCAUUCGGGCACUUUCUGUAACUGGGUAACAAGGUGUUUCUGUCAUCUGUGGUUUGUUUGAAACAAUCAGAAUGAAUGAGUUACAUUGUUGUGUUGUAAAUGCUUCCAUAAAAUCUGGAUUUUUAUUCAGAAUCUUGAGAUUUUAUCGAUUAAUUUGAGCUCUUCUCGACUGGGAGAUGGACAGAAAACAAAUGACAGACUGCAGCUUGAUCAAGUGUUUCCACAGGAGCUCAAAAUUUGCUCAAUUAUAAGUGCACACCUGACUAAUAUUUGACCAAAUAUCUGUAGGAAAUUUGUAGGAAAACUUUUGGUAACCACUAAUAAGCUUCUGGCUUAAAUUCUUUGAACUGACUAGUUGUUUAUAUGAUGUAAAGUUGAAUAAUUUAGAAAUAGUGGCUCUUUCUUAAUCCACCUACUUUGUGCAACGCACCAACAGUACAAGAAGCUAAUCGACUGAUAUCAUAAUGCUUCCUCUAUCAUGCUUGCUAGUUGGUAAACUCUCACCUUGGCUCCUUGAGAAAGUUAUCUUAUCAACAAGAUGAAUCUUUAUCUCUUCUGGUUAUGAAAUAUUUUCUGUUGAAGUGCACUGAGUUUGUCCCAUUUGAGAGCAGAUGCUUGAAGGUGAUUGUUUUAGUGGCGAUUUUCCUUUCUCAGUCUUCACACUCAAUGUUUUCAACAUCGACCAACGCCUCGGUGGCUCCUGGGUUGAUCUUGAACAUCCUUACUACUUUGAUUUCAUCUGACCUGGACAAUUUGGGUCAGCCGCUUGAAACUUGGAUUGCCAAAAAAAAAACCAUCAUGACUAGAAUGGGGUGUCAAACUCUGUCAUUUUGGGCCCUAUCCAAAAUCUGAAUGUUCUUAAAGGACCAGAAUGUAUUAAUAAAACCCAUUAAACUAUUGAAAAUUCAAUAAUAUUGACCAUUUUUUCACUCUGGUCAAUCCAUCCAGGGUUUUGUUAUUGAUAAUUACCAAAGUUGUAUGAAAAACAUUCACAUUAAUCCUCAGGUAACAUUUGCCUAGUUGAUUUCUUUGAAUAUAAAAAAAAUGGCAGUAGCAUCAACAUGGUUUUUACUCAAGGAUGAAAUCUGAUUGCAUUUUUCCAUGAGAUUUCAGUCGAUUCCCUGUAUUUUAGAUGCAUAGAAACGACCUGCUGGUUUUGGAAACAAACUCUGCUCAUUGGCAACUGGAAUUUUCUGUUCUUCACCAACAGUUUUGGAAAGCAGUACUGUAAAUAUUCAGACAUUGCCACAAAGUUUGUCACAAUGUGGUCCAGUGUAAUACUUCACUUUCUGUCUCAUGCAUGUCCACACAGUAAACACCUUGUUACAAUCAAAGCAACUUGCAGGACAGAUGCUCCACAUGGGUUCAGACUCGGAUCAUAUCAGGACCGAACCAGUCUGUACGAGGGCCUGUUUGGUCCUCAGUGGCUCCUGUACAGAUAUCAUCAUCUGGCUUGUUGACCAAAAGUUAUGUAAUCUCCUUGUCUAUUGUGUCUUUUCAAUUGCAGCCUUGUCUGUUGGACUGAUUUAAGCCUGAAGCCAAGCUAUUCAUGACUCUGUUUCUCUAUGGGCGGCUUUACUAUCUCAGCAGCAAGGAGCAAGCAACAAUCUGUUCAUUUUCUUACUUUUACAGUUGUUUUCAUCAUUUUCUUGUGCUUUUAUUGCUACUUUUUGUCUGCAAUUCAAAUCCUUUUUUGGAUAACAAAUGAAAAGGAAAUCGCUGUAAUCCUCCUCAGCCCUAAGAUCACUUUCUAGGUCAGUGACGAAGCACAGCAACAUUAUCUGGAGCUGAUUUAUAGUGUCAGAGAGAAGAACAGAUGGGUCCUGCCUCCGCCUCAUCGUUAACACUUUGCAGCACUAAGAAGAGAACUGCCAGUCCUUCUUGCCCUAGAAGUGAUAGUAUUUCUGUUUGUGGCAACUGAACUGUUAAACCAGCGGCACCUUUAUGAGAAAGGAAAGAAAUGAAUGUUUUCUGCAGGGACCUGGCCCAAAAAGCUCUGUAAUGUUCCGUGACAGAGAAAUUUCUCAAGGACAGAGCGGCAUGAGAGAGCAGAGUCUUCCAAUAGAAAUCAGAACCAUGACUCGUCUUCAUUUAUGGAUCAUUAAAAGAAGAAUUAACCUGUUUCAUACAACUUUUAUCUAUAUUAGCUUUUUACAGCGCUGUAAAAGUGUUCACAUUUAAUCAUGCUAGAUUCACAAGUUUCCAUGUACUUUACUGGGAUUUUCAGUAACAAUAAAAAU